UGCGCCGCCCCGUUCAUUGCCAGCCCUACCAGUCUCUCUCCCCAUUCUUUUUGUGUUUGGUUAAUUUUAUUGAGCUUGGAAAGUGUAGGAGCAACGCUACCCCCUUCUCCCUCUCUUAUUAUCCCCCCCUAUUAUAUGCCUUACUUUUAGAGCGAGGAGCACCUAAUUCUCUUGGAGAACAACCCAGCCCCAAGAGAGAGAGGGAGAGAAUGUUCCAUCCAAAGAAGCCCCCAAAUAUGUGCUCUCAGGAGAGGCAGAUGUGCGUGCAGGGGGAUUCGGGUCUCGUCCUCACUACUGACCCUAAGCCCCGCCUUCGCUGGACAGUCGAGCUCCAUGACCGCUUCGUCGAUGCUGUUACUCAGCUUGGAGGACCAGACAAGGCCACACCCAAAAGCAUCAUGAGAGUCAUGGGCGUUAAGGGUCUCACUCUCUAUCAUCUCAAGAGCCAUCUUCAGAAAUUCAGGCUUGGGAAACAACCUCAUAAAGAGUUCAAUGAUCACUCCUCAAAGGAGAGUGAGAGAGGUUAUAAUCCUGGUGCAGCUGCUGUAUUGGAGCUGCAAAGGAGUGGAGCUUCAUCCUCAGGAAUUAUGGGUCGAGAUGGCAACGAUAACAUGCAGGUUAGAGAAGCUGUUAGAAUGCAGAUGGAGGUACAAAGGAGAUUCACUGAACAAUUAGAGGUCCAAAAGCACCUCCAAUUAAGAAUCGAGGCGCAAGGAAAAUACAUGCAAAACAUAUUGGAGAAGGCCUUCCAAACCAUAGCUGGAGAAACCAUGACAUCGGGCUCCUUGAAAGCCGGAGGAAGCAGCCAUCAAGGACUUCUAGAUCUUGGAGCCUCAUGCAUGAAUUACCCUUGCCUUCAAGAUCUCCACAUUUACGGUGGAGAUCAAAACCCGCAUCAUCAUCAGUUGGAAUUGCAGAGCGGCGGGCAAAUUGAUUCAGCUUUCAUGAGCUCUCAAGAAGACACUCAAGAAGAAUUUGAUGGAGCAUUCGAGACAAAACCCUUACAAGUAAUGGAGGGAGAUUGUUCCAUUAACAAGAAAUUCGAGAUGAGGGCUCCUUCUAACCAUAUGAGUAUGCCGCGCCCCAUCACUCCCUCGGCCAGGAACCACUCUUAUGGUUGAGGAAUGGUGCAUGAAAACACUCCUGAUUCUAAUUAGAAAAAUGACACAAAUAACUCACAUUAUAUUUAUGAGACUUGGACAGCAUUUUCUGAUUACUUUUGAGGUGAAUUACAGUUGCUGCUCUCUUCUGUGUAAUAGUUUUGGCCUUGGAUAUGCUGUACCUUCAUAGGAAUAAUAGAAAGAUAGAUGUUCCUUGUGGGUUAGUGGGGGCAGCACCAACUUGGAGAGAGAAAUCCAUCACUUUUCUUUUUCUUCUCUGCUUUUCUUCCUUUUUUUUUCCUGUUUCUGGUUUAAGUUGGUUAAAGAAAAGCGUGUUGGUUUGAGUUGGUUAAGAGAAAGUUUGAGAAAGAAACCGCAUUUUGGGUUCAACUGA